GGGGAACAAGUUGCACCACGACAUCGGUCUUUCAAUGGUGCAACUCUCCGACCUCACUGUGUGUUAAUGUUGCAUUGGUAAUCAAUUAUCAACACUCGAUUCCUUCAAAUACGCACCAACUUCACCAUCGCCAACCAACAGGCCCCCAUAUCUCCCAGCAGAAAGCCAAGAAGCCUAGUUCUUAACUCCCCGACAAACACAUUUAGCAGCUUUCCAUUUCAUCAACACAGACCUGUAUCAGAAACCGAAUCCUGACAAUGUCUUCCGCCGCCCCCAAGAUCAAGUUGUACACCAACCACGGCUGCCCAUGGGCUCACCGUGCACACAUCGCCCUCGCAGAACUCAACCUGCCAUUUGAGGAAGAAAUCAUCGACCUCUCGGUGCCCCGCACAAAAGAGUACCUGGCCAUCAACCCGCGCGGUCUCGUCCCCUCCAUAUCCUACGACGGCGAAAUCAUCACCGAGUCCGCCAUCGUCAGCCAGUUCCUCGCCGACGCGCACCCUUCCCACCUCGUCCCCGCCCCGGGCACCAAGGACGCCGCGCUCACCCGCGCGCGCAUCAACUUCUUCGUCGACACGUACUUUAGCAAGGCCAACUCAUCGCUGUACAAGCUGCAGCUGGCCAAGUCGGAAGCCGAGGUGAAUGAGAUCGCGGCUGGGUUCAUUGAUGUUAUCGCCAAGGAGGUAGAGCCGCUGUUGAAGGAUGCGAAGCCGUACUUUGGCGGGAGUGACAAGGUUACUUUGGCCGAGGUUCUCACUGGAUCAUUCACGCUGAGGCUCUUCUCGUUUGCAAACUACGAGCUCAUCCCGAAGAGCAUCCUGACUUCGCUAGAGGAGAAGGCCCCUAGCUUCUACAAGUGGGCGCAGGUCGUCAACAGCACACCCAGCGUCAAUGGUAUUUACGAUGAGAAGAACGUGGUGGAGCGGACUAAGCACCGCAUCGCUGCUAUGAAGGCUGCGCAGGCUUGACAGGAGGCUAGCCGACUUUGAUGGUGGCUGCGUGAACAGCUGUUAUUCAUCAGGCUUCUUCGGGAAGUUUUACCAAUCUCAUGAUAUUAGCGUUACAAGUUACUUUUGAAUAUCACCUCACUUUGAGUUGUCAAUGCAACCCAUGCCCCUAGAAGACAUUAGGCGAAAAGGUUAAAAUUUACGAGAUGUGGCUGUACAGCCCCUGAAGUCUGCUCGUACACUGGCGAUUAACCCACAGGAGUGACAGUAUUUGACCCCCCAG